GGGGGCAGAGGAGGAGGGGGCGACCCCUUAGUGUGGAGCAGCACCGAGGGUAGGUAGUGAAAAGGAGAAGCAGGGCUGCUUGCUCUGCCAGGCUUUUUAUUCAGCUUUUAACUAGACUUUGUGAUAGGGGUUUUUUCUGCUUUUUGUUGUUACUGAAGAUGACUUUACUCAAAGGCACUUUUUGAUGAUGUUGGCUUCCGGCAUGGAAGGAGCACACGCUGCAGCAUCAGACACUGCCACAUCUCUUGUUUUUUUGUUCCCUUCUUCUUUUCCGAGAGGUUUCUGAUGGGAGGGAAAGGGAAUACAAAAAACAGAAGGGUUGUUGGGCUUUGCCAGAGUGCAACAGCUGGAAAAGCCUCACCUAAUUUUAUACUUCACACGUUUUUAGACAAUGAGGUGCAUGGGUGGGAUUUUUUUUAGUCGGGGGCUCUGCUUUUUUUCUGCUUCCCUCCACAGACAGACCCACGUGGGGGGGUUAUGGGGUUGGGGGGGGGGUUGGGGGGAGGCCCUGUGCAUACGAUUGAGGUUUUCUGUUGUUUUGUUUUUGUUUUUUUUAAUGGUGACAAAAGAACAACAAAGAGUUGAGUAGCGGCUGAUUUGUAGUAACAGCAUCGUUUUCUUUGUAUGUUUGUAAUAAGGGAGAUUUUCAAAAGGGAUGCUUUGAUUUGUACCAAACUCUGACAAAUGUUAAAGCGUUUUCCAAAAUGCUCAGCUGUGUGUCUGAUGCUUUCUCUUGGCCUUAAAGCAAAGCACCGGCGCCAGGCGCUGCUCCGUGCCCUGCAGGCUGAGCUUCAGCCCCACGCCUUCAGGCUUUGGGUGCCUGGGAAGGAGAUGCUGCUCUCCAUUGUUUGCUCUGCUCCUACUUUUGUUUCUAUCUUUAAAUCCCAAUCAGGGCUGUUGCUAGGAUCCGCGUUACUUGGUUACGUCCCGCUUCCCAGGACCGACCUGCUGCUGUCAGACCACAUCUCUGCUUUAUUCCCCAACCACAGCAACAGAGGCAGAGCACAGACGCAGUAUCUCCUCCAUAGGAAGCCCAGAGGAGAAGGGUUCUUUUAAGGUACAGAUGUGAGUUGCCCAAGGAGGCUGUGGGUGCCCCAUCCCUGCAGGCAUUCAAGGCCAGGCUGGAUGUGGCUCUGGGCAGCCUGGGCUGCUGGUUGGUGACCCUGCACACAGCGGGGGGGUUGAAACUAAAUGACCAUUAUGGUCCUUUUCAACCCAGGCCAUUCUAUGAGUCUAUGACUCUAUGCUAAGUGCUGUUCCUGAGGUCUUCCCCUUCUCUCAGCCACAGGUGGGACUAUUCUGAGAGGAAAGCAGGUCUGUUUCUCUUCAGCAGCGUCCAAUAGCAGCAGAAAUGCAAUACCCAAAGGUGAUUCCCACCUGGAAGUGCUCCCCACCCCCCUCCUCAGCCCCUAUGGGUGCAGCUUCAUAGCGAGGCACGUGGCAGGCUUGGAUGCAAGCUCUCUUCCCCUCUCUCUGGGGAAGGCUUGAGCUGUUUCCGUGGCUGUUUUCCCACUCCCUCAGGGUUUUCACCCCAGGUUUGCUGGAUGUGAGCACACGGAGCAAUCUGGGCUUGUUUCCAUACCAGGCAGCACUGCAGAAGUGUGCCAGUAGGGCUUCACCUUAUCUCUGCUGAGCGCAGCACAAGCCUGGCCGUAUCCUUGAGCCUGCCCACUUAGCCCCGUUUAUAGCAGGCAGGGAGGCAGAUAAGGGCUUGAUUUACCCAAGGCUCAGUGCUCGCAGCCUCCGUGCCCUCAGCUCUGCACCUCCAGCAGAGGGUUUCAAAGGGGCAGUGUGUGCAGUGCCCAGCAAUGCCUCUCUGGGCAACGGGCGGCUCCUGCCUUUAUCUGCCAGCGCACACUUCCCUCCUCCCUGCGGCUCAUCCACUCCUUCUGAAGCACUCGGAAUGCUUGCAGAAGGCUAUCUGUACACAUAUACUUAUUGUGUGGGGCUGAGAUUGCUCCGUUCCUAUUCCAAAGCCUCAGGAAAAAAAGAGGGUUUUGACGGCGGUUGGACGCACUUGAAAAGGGUAUUACACACUGAUCUCUGCCAGCUGAAAUCGGGGGCAAAAAUGAGACGUGUGGGGCAGAGCUGCUCCGUUUCAGCCCGGUUUCAGGUGGGCAGGCGUGCGGCCGCCCUGCCUGCUCCCAGCAGUGAUCUCCUAUCCCACAGACCUCGAAGCCCAAGGGCUGCAGUACCAGCAGUGCUGACCUGUGCAGCUGCAGGUGGGACUUCGGGGCACGGUGAGAACCUCUUGCGAAGCGUUUCUCCGGAUCUAACCGGGAGGAUUAGCGCUGUUUGUUUGUUUUUUCAAGUAAUUACUUGCAGCAAACUGCUUUCCAGCCUUGCAGGCCCCUUGGCGAGGAUCUGCAACUCGUAUACAGGAAUGAAUAAACGGUUUUGCAGCCUGACAACACGUACCUGCAGCAGGAGUGAACCCGCAGCAGAAGCAAGCUGCCUUCCCCAGCCGGACAGAGGGAUCCCGGUGCCCCCGCAGCUGGGGAGGGGGCCCAGCGCCUUCAUCCCUGCGGAGGAGAUCCUGCAGGAGGGCAUUGAGAGCGGUCGGCGGCAGCUGCUGAUCGAAGCCUUCGUCUCUGGCGGCCGUGUGGACAACAUCACGAUGGUGAUGGGGCUGCACCCGCAGUACCUGAGCAGCUUCUGGAAGACGCAGUACCUCCUGCUGCGCAUGGACGGCCCCCUCCCCUACCACAAACGCCACUACAUCGCCAUCAUGGCAGCAGCCCGGCACCAAUGCACCUACCUGGUGGGGCUGCACAUGGGGGAGUUCCUGCAGGCGGGGGGCAACCCGGCGUGGCUGCAGGGGCUGCACUGCGCCCCCCAGAAGCUCAGGAACCUGAAUGAGAUCAACAAGCUGCUGGCACACCGGCCCUGGCUCAUCACCAAGGAGCACAUCGAGGCGCUGCUGAAGACAGGGGAGCACAGCUGGUCGCUGGCAGAGCUGGUGCAGGCGCUGGUGCUGCUCACCCAUUACCACUCUCUCGCCUCCUUCGUGUUCGGCUGCGGCAUCAACCCUGAGGCGGGGCAGGAUGGGGGGCACGGCUGCAGACCCCCCUCACCCCACAGCGACGGCAGCCCCACCGCUGAGGACGGCACGGGGUGCUCAGGGGGCAGGGAUGCCGUGCGUGAGGUGGAGGCACUGAUGGAGCGGAUGCAGCUGCUGCGGGACAGCCAGAGGGAGGAGGAGGGCGUCACGCAGGAGGAGAUGGCCACGCGCUUCGAGCUGGAGAAGACGGAGAGUUUGCUGGUGGCCCCAUCGGAUGGCCCAGACCGUGCCCUGCAGUCCGGCGUGCUGUGCUUCGUGGAGGACCCCGAGUUUGGCUAUAAGGACUUCACGCGGCGCGGCGAGCAGGCGCCCCCCACCUUCCGUGCUCAGGACUACACCUGGGAGGACCACGGCUUCUCCCUCAUCAACCGGCUGUACCCCGACGUGGGGCAGCUGCUGGACGAGAAGUUCCAGGUGGUUUACAACCUGACCUACAACACCAUCGCCAUGCACUGCGGGGUCGACACCUCCAUGCUGCGCCGCGCCAUCUGGAAUUACGUGCACUGCGUCUUCGGCAUCCGCUAUGAUGACUACGACUACGGGGAGGUGAACCAGCUGCUGGAGCGCAGCCUGAAGGUGUACAUCAAGACGGUGGCUUGCUACCCAGAGAAGACCACCAAGAGGAUGUAUGCACAGUUCUGGAGGCACUUCAAGCACUCAGAAAAGGUCCACGUCAACCUGCUGCUGCUGGAGGCCCGGCUGCAGGCUGCCCUGCUGUAUGCCCUGCGUGCCGUCACACGUUACAUGACCUGACGGCCCCCCGCUCCCCCCCACCCCCCGUCCUCCUCCUCCUGCUAUGGGGGGGGUGGGGGGGCGGGCUGGGACCGGGGGGGCGGGAGCCAGCAUUGUGAGGACUGUGUUGGGAUGUUGCCUCCUGCCUUAUGGGUGUAGAGAUACGGAGGGGUGAGUUGGGGUAUCUGUGCCUCUUAUCCUGGGAUAGGGGGGUCUCCGAGCGCCCCCCGUGCCCCUGUGGGGUGGGUGGAAGUUGGGCUGCCGUGUGCCUUGUGUGGGGGGGGGCGUGGAGCUGAGCCCCUUUCCCUGGGGUGACCUCAGCAGUGAUGCUGCUGUGCCCCCCCCCAGCCCCAUCCUGACCCUCAGGUAUGUGAUAUGUCCUCCUGCACGCGGACUGCAGGGGGCUGAAGGCACAGAGGUGUCGGUGUCCCCUCCGCACCCCCUCCACCCCAGGGCUCAGCCCGAGCCCCCCGCAAUUGGGGACUGGAAGUGCCUUCAGCCCAGGCGCUGGGCAGGGAUUAGGGUGGGGGCUGCAGCACCCGCAGUGCCUUUCCCACCCCCCUCCAUGCACCCCCUGCCUGCUCUGUGCCACUGCAAUGGGGAGCUGGGAGGGGGGGGGGGAUCUGUGCUGCAUCCUCUGCCAUCUCUCCCUGCCUGCUGCUGGGGUGAGGCUUCGCUCCCUCCUUCUGCAUCCCCAUUACCCCCAUUGCCCACCUCCCCCCAUACCGAUGGGGGUUGGGUUGGGUUUUGGUGUCACCCAUCAGAUCCACACUGUGCCCACUGGGUGCCAACCCCCCCUUCCCCCCCCCCCCCCCCGUGCAAAACUCCCCCCCAUGCAUGCAUGGUGCUCUUGGCUCUGCUGCAGCAGUGCUCCCUCAGCUCUGCUCUCAUGCAUUCAGUCCCUGUAUUGAGGACAAGGGGAGGUUGCUGCCCCCCCCCCCCUCCCCGGGUCCCUUUGGGGCAGUGGGGCUCAGUGCCAAUAGAAGGGCAGCACUUCUCCUUUCCCUGCCCAUCACUCCAAAGCGUGAGCUUGCUGCACACAGCAUGUCAAUGCCGGGGGGGGGGGGGGUGUUGAGAACGGAGCUCAGCUGCUCUCCUGCAGCAUGAGGGACCUCAAUGCCCCCCCCCAUCCCAUCCCAUCCCCUGCUGCACUUUAUUGCACAGCACACUGCCCAGGGGGGGUUCCUUGGAGCACUGCUGGGCUGGGCUAUGGGGUGCCCAUGCCCUCCCCCCCCCCCCCCCCGUGUGCCUUUCCCCUCAGUGCGGGUCGCUGGGGGAGCCGUGGGGAACCCCCCCUUAUGCCGCAGCACCGCCCUGGGUUUGUCUCUGCUGCACCACAGCUCCACUUUAACUUAUUUCUGGUUGUUGAGUGUUUGUGCUCCUAUGUGGGCCCCGAACCUCCACGGGGACUUCAUUGCAGACCUCGUCUGAAACUGAAUAAAUUCUUUUUUUUUU